AUGCCUUGUUGCGGCGAUCGUGAAAAAGGCCCGGUAGCCCUGGAGGAACAAUGGGACUACAUCAAUCUGAAUGACUUCACAUCAGAGUCCUGUCUAUCGCCAUUCUCUUACUUCUUUCUUUGGGUCUUCCUCGUGAUUUCAAUAGCGGUGUAUGCGGUCGACACCUUCACUGCCGUUAAUCUACUGGCAUUCUCGAAAUGGGCCGGACAAAUCGAGCCUGCCAUUCCCUUUACCGUCUCUCGAUGGAUUUUUGCCGUCUGUAUUAUCAUCUCGUUCGUUCUCUUGGUUCUGCGAUGGAUCCGUGCUAUCCGCGCCAUUCGGUCCGGGAGUAUCUCGCAGAGUUACUUGGACUCCCUCGCGGUGCGCAUUCAAAGUAUUCGCCUAUGGGCCAGUGGUCAUGGAUGGAAACGGUUCCUCGUCUUUGCCGAGCUCACCAAAAGCAAAAAAGGGGCCGAGUACGUUGCUCUGUUUGCAUAUUUCUCCUUUGAGACUUGGAUGAAUGUCCUUAUCGCCGAUGGGCCGCGUCAAGUCGUCAAUGCGAUCACGUUGUAUUCGGUUAUGCGCAUGGACCUGCUUCCCGGUGGGGAGAAUGCACCCGACUCAGAUGAUUCAUCUCCGGUCAUACAAUUCUUUGACAAUGUGAAGAUCUUGGCUGAAAAUAACAACCUACGCGCCCUGGUCCUCUUUGGCAUGCUUUUCACCUUGGUCAUUUGGGUUUUAUCCAUCCUGAAGCUGGCGCUCGCCAUUAUCUUGUACCUCAUUUUUUUGUUCCAUCAUAUCCCUUCCCAAGAUGGCUCCCUGAAAGCCUACUGUCGACGAAAGAUCAAAACCCGACUCACUCGCAUUGUGCGCCGGAAGGUGAACAAAGCUUUGGCUAAGGGUAUGGUGUUACAGGAGCGAAAACCAACCCAACCCAACAUGGGUCUGGAUACGAAUCCCACUUUGCCCACCGUCGGUGGUCAUGACAAGGCGCCGACUGUCACAACUCUCUCGCGCAGCACAACGCAAACCACAUUGCCGUCGCACUUAUCACGCUCAGGCAAAGCUGCACCGGACCGGGCUCCGACCCUUCCGAACGUGGCAGCGUUCGAAGACAAACCCCCGCUCAGCCGAACAAUGACUCAAUCAUCGGCCUACUCCGCGUCCACUUCACUCUCGGGAAGUACGGCAGUCUCGGGAUAUAGUCCUCUUGAUCGCCAAAGCUCUCCAGCGCCACCUGUACCUCCUCUCCCAACUCAGAUGCCUACACCUGCUUCUCGGAUUCAAACGCCGAUGUCAAGGCUCAAUAACAUGCCAGGACCCGCACCUGCGGCCUCAGUUGGUGGAGUGAGUAGUAUGGCUUCAGCGCAUGCUUUUGGAGACAUCGGCGACACUCGCAGUCCCUAUGAGACAUAUCCGUCUCACGAUCUCGCAUCAAAUGCGCCAUACCACUCAUAUAGCCCAACAGAGAGUGCGGCACGAACUCUGACACCAGGAAGGAGUAUGUCACCAGAGGAAAACGGGCCCCUUCGAACUUUUUCACCUCCUGGUCCUAGCGGCACUCCUACCCUGCCUUCGCUGGCUGGCUUUCCUGUGCGGUCCUUUGGUGAGGCAGGUCAACCGCCGGCCAGACCCCAGCCCAGUUUUAGCCCCGUUUAUGAAGAAACGACGAGAAACUUUUCGCAUGUCGCACCUCGCGGAGCACCGCGGCCCUCAGGACCAGAUGGUUAUGCACCAUUCGAUCAGCCUUCCAGAAAUUCCCCAGCACCUUUUGCGAGAGAAUUCGCCUCAAAUUCUCCCGUGUAUCAACAGACAGGACCAAGUGCAUUCGCGCCGUCGGCUGAAUACGAUAACAGGUCUGCACCUCCACGAGCGUAUCCGCCUCAGCCACAGAAUUAUGGACAGGGUUAUAUUUAG